CUGCUCUGUGGCACAGCAUAUAAGGUCUGGGGCUGUAGGGGCUGCUGCCCUUAGAGUGUGUCCUGCCCUGCAUUGGAGCCUAUAGGGUAUGGGGCUAUAGGGGUCGGGGUCUGUGCAGCCUCUUCUGGCCCGUGGCAGAACCCACGGGGGCCGGAGUCAUAGGGGCUGUUGUCCUUGGAACGUGUCCUGCCCUAUGAUGGGGUGUUAUAGGUUCUGAGUCCAGAGUUACUGGGGUCCGUGCAGCAUGUCCUGCCCCAUGACAGAACCCAAUGGGGCUGGGGGCUGUGAGUCCCGUCCUGCUCCAUGGUAGAGAAUAUAGGGCUUGGUUCAUAGGGCUGCGGUCCUUGGAGCUUGUCCUGCCCCAUGGCGGAGCCCAUAGGGCUGCGUCUGCUGGUGUUGUCCUUUCUGGGUGUGCUGUGCCCUGUGGCACUGCCUAUAGGGCUGGGCUGCAGGGCUGCCCUUCCUGGGCCAUGCCCUUCCCCACGGCAGAGCUUAUAGGGAUGGAGCCCUGCAGCAGGUCACGCUGGGGCUGCAUAGGGGUUGCUUGACACUACGGUCUCCAUAGGGUUCCCUUACAGAUCCCAUAGUGGCUGACUCUGCUGGGAGAUGCUGUGCUCCACAGAACUCCCCAAAAGUCCUUGUUCUGGAGUGCGAUGUGCUCCACAGCACAUCCUGUAGGAUGCCCCCCAGUAAAGGUUCUGCUCUGCUUUGGGUCUUCCUCCUCCAUCUGUAGGAUCCCUCGGGGACCCCCUGUCCCCUAUAGCCCCCUCCCUGCCCCUGUAGGUACUCUGCCCCUUUCAUAGGAGAUCUGCAUUUCCUUAUAGACUCUCUGGGUCCCCAUGAACCUCUCUACAGGCAGUGCCGUCCCCCUCCCACAGAGCCCCACUGUGAUGUUCCCACAGGCACUGCUCUGUAGGGCUCCAGAGCCCCACAGAUCCCAUUCCUGUCCCUUUCAGGGCUGCUCUGCUUGUAAAUUCCAUGCGGCCUUUGUGGCUCCGUCCUUAUCUCUGCUGAUAAGAGCCAUGUCCCAGCCCUGCUCCUCCCACCCCAAGCACUUCUGGGACUGUGGGUCCGUUCCCUCCAGACCUUGUUAGGACUGAGAUAACUGUUUUGGAGCUGCCCAAGGCUGAGCCCCAUCCUGCCUCAUCCCACAGUUGUUCCAGGACCUCGCGGCGUCACUGGGGCCGACCUUUCCUGGCUGCGGGCAGCGUAACGCGGCACCUCCUGCAUCUUUAAUGCUGCCCUACUUCGCCCGGCACUCAGCUUCGGUGGGAGAGAAAUGCCAAACGUGUGCAUGGUGGGGUGCAAUAGCCCACCCCGAUCCGCCCCAGUGCUGCUGGUGCCCAUGGAGCCCUAAAUGCUGCUUGGCGCUGCCUCCAUCCCUGCAGUGUGGGGCAGGGCUGCCCAGCUCAGCUGUCCCCGGGGUGACCCGUCCCUGUGCUCCGUGCCCGCUGUUCCAACCCUUUGUUCGGAGCGUGUGGAUUGCUCUGGGCUGGGUUUGCUCCCCACCACCCUGACCAGUCAGGCUGGUUUGGAGCGCGGCUUCCAGCUUGGAUCCCAUAGAUGAGGAUCCCAUAGAUAACGAUUCCAUAGAUAGCGGGGCUUCCAGCUUGGAUCCCAUAGAUAAGGAUCCUGAUCCCUUAGACAUGAUCCCAUUUAAAGUGCUGCUUCCAGGCCCGAUCCCAUAGAUAACAAUCCCACAGAAAGCACAGCUUCCAACUUGGAUCCCAUAGAUAAGGGAUCAAUGCCAUAGACAGUGUGAUUUCCAGCUUAGAUCCCGUAGAUAAUGAUCCUACAGACAGCACGUUUUCCAGCCCUGCUCCUGUAGGCAGCAAUCCCAUUCAGAACGUGGCUUCCAGCCCUGACUCCAUAGAUGUCUAUCCCAUAGUACCUCCUUUUCUGGCAGUGAUCCCAUAGAGCGUGUGCCUUUCAGUCCCAACCCCAUAGACAUAGAUCUGACCUCUAGGGUUGGCCAUUGGGUUGGCUGUUGGGGUGGCUGUUGGGUUUGGCCACUUCUGUGGACCACGGCGUUGACCACUGGGAUUGGCCAUUGGGGUUGGCCGCACAUGUGGACUGUUGGGGUUUGUCGUGGGGCACUGGGUUGUGACCCACUGGCAGCCAUUCAUUCCAGGACGGCUUUCCUCAACAACUGUUGGGUUUUAGGGCUGCGUGCCCGCCGCAGUGGGGCAGGGAGUGGGACGGGGCCAUCGGUGCCCAGUUGAUGAUUAACCUGAGGUGACGUCCCUGGGGUGUGGGGCGGACGCGGCCCCGUGACGCGCUCCUGGUUUCGGGUUUCGGAUCCUUGCGCAGCCCUGGUGUCGGUCUGGUUGCAGGCAGAGCGCUGCCAGCACGCAGAACCGUGCAGACUUUGUACCUAUUGAGCAAUCGGUGCUGCAGGUGGAGCAGAGCCUGUGGUGCAGAGAGCCUGAAGCGCAGGAAACGGCAGAAAAAGCGAGAUUUUUGUGCUCGGAUCCCGCUGUCCCCGUUCCCGUGCCUCGGGCUGGGACGUGCGGUGCCGAUGGCUUUUCCCUCCCCUCCCGGCGCUGCCCGCCCGUUGCACAACAGCUCUGUGGGCUGCGGUGCCCACAAAGGGCCCUUUGUGCUCCGUAUCUGCAUGAGCAGAGUUGGCCGCCUGCCACACGUGGCCGCAGGGACCCAACGGGCAGAGCUAGGUGCCGUCGGGCUCUGUGGGCAAAGUGCCCCCAGGGGCAACAAACGGGGUCCCCCUUUUCGUCACCCUCAUUUGCACUGCGAUCCCCUCCUGGGGGCUGUGUGCUGCUGUGGGAUCAGCGCUGCGUUCCCGUGUUGGAAUGCAGUCUGUUCCCCUUUAUCUGAGUGCUGGAGCCCAGCCAGGAUGGGGCAUUCCCGGGGAUUAGUGCUCACCUGCUCCUGGCUCAAGCUGUGGGGCUGGACCCACUGCGUAGCCAUGGAGGAAAAGAAUCCAUCCUUACUGCUGCACCCAUAGGGUGGCAGUGGGGUGGCCAUGGGGAUAGCAUGACUGUGGGGAACCCAUAGGAUGGCCACAGGGAAAUGGUGCCGUGGUUGACCAUAGGGACACAGUGUUCAUGGGAAAACCAUGACUGUGGGGUGGCCAUAACUUGACCAUAGGGUGACCGCAGGGUGACCAUGAGGACAUUUGGGAUCUGGUGCCGAUCUCGUUCCUGUGAUGCCAUAUGGGGACAACAAGCUCAUGGCAGUGGCCCACGUCCCCAUGGCUGCCCUGCUGGGUGCCAGGUGCUGCCACCUCCACCGUCUGCUCAGCGCUGGUUCCCUGCUGCGGCUGAGCUUGGCACCGACCCUCUGCCAUGUGUUGGGUUCAGCAAAACCUCAGCGCUGGCACCGUGGGGUCCCUGUGGCCAUUUGUCCUCUGCAGUGUGCCCGGAGCUGAGGCUUUGGGGUGGGCACAGGGAUGGAUGUGGGGGCUGCACUGGGGUGACAUCGGGACCGAAAGCUGGAAACGUGAGAUUUUGGUGCCGUUCUCCCUUUCUCCCUACGUGCGGGACGUGGUGACCCCGGCUCUGUGCCACCAUCCCAUGGCUGCGUGCUGAGCGUGCGGUGCCCGCAGUGCCGCUCGCAGUGCAGUUAUUUUGGGCAGUGCACGGAGCUGCUGGCCCCGGAGGCAGCGGUGGAAGAGCACAGCGCUGUGGGGCCGGGGCUGCCCGGGGCUCUGCUGUCUCUCUGCAUCAGUCCUGCCGGAGCUCCCGGCGCUGUGGUGUCCGCGGUUUGGCGGUGACGGAGGUCGAGCGGAGGACGUUGAACAGCAGCACCGCACCCGGCAUGGAGCGCACGGCGGAGAAGCAGAGCCCGGUGGAUUACGGUGUCCAGAUCCGCUUCAUCAAUGACCUCCAGGAGCCCAAGAAGGCCCCGAAGGCGCGCGCCAAGCCGGGCUCCUACGGGGUGGCCGUGCGCGUGCAGGGCAUCGCGGGGCAGCCCUUCGUCGUCCUCAACAGCGGUGAUAAGGGCGGAGAUUCCUUCGGGGUGCAGAUCAAAAGCGACGGCUCCUACCCUGCAGGGACCACCAGCCCUCGGCCCCCGGAUCCGCCCCCUGAGCCGGACCUCCCUGAGAACCCCUAUGUGCGCCCACAGCCUUCCCACAGCAUGUCGGAUGAAGAGAAUGGUGCUGCCCCGGUGCCCACCCGGCACAAACCCCGUAGCAAGAUGGGGGCCGAGCUGCGCCGGACGCAGUCCCAUAGCAAUCUGCUGGCUGCUGCCAAUGAGCCCAUGGCCACCGGCUCCAGGAGCAGCAGCACGCUGAGCAUUGCCCACCCCACACACCGCAAAGGCUCCGGGAUUGGGGUCGCGCCCUCCUCAGACUCGGAGAGCCCAGGGUCACGGCACGCAGGUGGUGACAUCGACACCGAGCCGCUCUCCUCGGUGAAUUCGCUCAUCAGUAAAUUUGAUGGCAAAGUGCCGCAGCGUGGCCGUGCGGCGCGGCGAUCCCGUGUGGCCCCGGAGGAGAGGAAGCGCUCGCAGAGCCUGGAUGCCCGCAGCUCCGUUCCAGAUGGCCGCGCUGUGGGCGCCCCGUCCCCGUUGCCCACCGGGGCAGGCAGAGGUGGAACGGUGAAUCGUGGCACUGAGGAGCGGCUGCAGAGCAAAGCCCAGACAGAGCUGCAGCUGAAGUCAACGCCGGAUCUGCUGCGGGACCAGCAGGAGGUGGCCCAGCCCAGCAGCAGUGAGGACCCCAAAGAGCUCAUCUAUGGGAUCCUGAAGGAGGGGAGCAGGGACAGCGGCACAAUGCUGAAGAGGAAGGCUGCACUGGUGCUGGAGAAGCUGCAGGAGGCGGCGGCACCCACCAAGGGGAAGGCGUGCUCCCAGCCCCAGCACCACACGUUGGCCCAGAGGGUGGAGGAGCUGCAGGAAAGGUUGGACGAGGAGAGCAAGCUCCGCCAGAAGCUGGAGCUGACCAAGGAACGCAGCACCACGCGGGCGCUGGAGGAGGCACAGGAGGAGAGUGCACAGCUGCGGGCAGAGCUGGAGAAGAGAAUGCAGGAGCUGCAGAGGAGCACCAAGGAGCUCAGGGAGGCGAAGGCAGCACAGACGCGAGCAGAGGAGCAGCUGAAAGCAGUGCGCACAGAUAUGGGCACGGCGGUGGACGCAGACGCUCUGUACAAGGAGCUGGACGAGGCCCGUGAGGAGCUGGAAGAGGCCCUGAGCUCCCGGCAGCGGUUGGAGGAGCAUCUGCGGCAGCGGGAACGGGAGCUGACGGCGCUGAAAGGGGCUCUGAAGGAAGAGGUAGCCAACCACGACCGCGAGCUGGAGCGCGUGCGGCUGCAGUGCCACAGCGACAUGGAGCAGCUCCGGCGCAGCGUGGAGGACAUCUCACAGAACCGGGCCGACCUGGAGUCAGAGAAGCAGAAAAUCGGUGUGGUGGUGCGAAACCUCCAGCGUGAACUGGAGGAGAGUGCCGAGGAGACGGGGCACUGGAGAGAGAUGUUCCAGCGGAACAAGGACGAGCUGCGUGCUGCCAAGCAGGAACUGCUGCAGGUGAAGAUGGAACGGGAGGAGUUCGAGGAGGAGCUGCGGGAGCUGCGGGAGCGCUUCACGGCCACGCGGGAGGAGGUGGAGAGGGCGCGGAGCAGCGCAGUUGACCCCGGAGAGGUGGAAGCGCUGCGCACGGAGCUGCGCCGGGUGCGGGAGGCACAGCGGGAGCUGGCGGAGGAGAAGAAGCAGCAGGAGGAGGUGGUGAGGCAGCGGGAAAAGGAGCUGCAGGCACUGCGCAGCACUGUGCGGGAUGAGGCCCAGAGCCACAGCGGAGCCAUGGAACAGUGCCACCGUGACAUGGAACGGCUGCGGGAGGAGAGGGACGAGGCUGUCAGGGCGAAAGUUUCCCUGGAGGGUGAGAGGGAGGCAGCGGAGGUGGCACUACGGGAGCUGCAGGAGCAGCACGAGGAGCUGCAGAGGAAGGUGCAGGGCAUGGAGACGCAGCUGAAGGACUAUGAGCGCAUGGGAGAAAACUGGGAGGGCUCCCAGGCACGGCUCCGUGAGAAGGUCACCAAAUUAGAGGCAGAGCGCAGACGCGCAGAAGAGUCGUUGGGUGAAGCUACAGACCGUGAGCAGGAGCUGCUGCGGGCGCAGCGGGCGCUGGAGAUGCGUCUGGAUGAGGCGCAGAGGGGGAUGGCACGGCUGGCACAGGAGCAGCAGGAGCUGAGCGCGUCCCUCCAGGACGAGCAGAGGCAGAAGGAGCAGCUGAAGCGUGCCAAGAGCGAGCUGGAGGAGCAGAAGCGGCUGCUGGACCGCAGCACUGAGAAACUGAACAGAGAGCUGGAGCAGAUGACAGAGGAGUCCAACCGCUCACUGGCUGCACUCAAGGCUCAGCUGGAGGAAUGCAAGGAGAAAUCCCGCAAGGAGAUCACUGAUUCCCAAAAACAAGCCAAGGACUGCGGUGCCGAGAUGGAGAAGAUGCAGUUCAGCGUGGGACGGCUGCAGGACGAGGUCACCCGGCUGAAGCAGGCGCUGCAGGACAGCCAGGCGGAGCGGGACGGCGCUCUGCUGGAGCGGGAUGUGAUGCUGCAGCGCCUGCGUGGCCUCGAGGAGGAGGUGGAUGCCAAGAGGCGCUCCCAGGACGAUCGCUCACGGCAGCUCAAGGCGCUGGAGGAGAAGUCCAAGCGCCUGGAGGAGGAGCUGGAGGAGGAGCGAAGCACGGCCGAGCUGCUGACCGAGCGCGUCAACCGCAGCCGUGACCAGAUUGACCAGCUGCGUGCUGAGCUGCUGCAGGAGCGCUCGAGCCGCCAGGACCUGGAGUGUGACAAGGUCUCACUGGAGCGCCAGAACAAGGAGCUGAAGAGCCGCCUGGCCAGCUCCGAGGGCAUGCAGAAGGUGGGCGGCUCCAUCUCACAGCUGGAGGCGCGCCUGGAGGAGCUGCAGGACCGGCUGCAGGCCGAGGAGAGGGAGAAGAGCGUCCUCCACUCCUCCAACCGCAAGCUGGAGCGCAAGGUGAAGGAGCUGACCAUCCAGAUCGACGACGAGAGGCAGCACGUCAAUGACCAGAAGGACCAGCUGAGCCUGCGUGUGAAGGCGCUGAAGCGGCAGGUGGACGAAGCCGAGGAGGAGAUCGAGCGGCUGGAGGCUGCCCGCAAGAAGGCGCAGCGUGAGCUGGAGGAGCAGCAGGAGCUCAACGAGCAGCUGCAGGGCCGCAUCAAGGCGCUGGAGAAGGAGGCCUGGCGCAGAGCUGCCCGCACGGCCGCCGACUCCUCGCUGCAGGACGAUGCGCUGAGUUCCGAUGAGGACCUGGAUGGCGCCUAUGGGCCCUCCUCCAUCGCCUCACUGCUCAACGAGGCCAACCUGCAGACCAGCUCCUGCUGAGCCCCACAGAGCCCCCAGGGCUGCGGGAACUGCUCAGAGACCUCCGGCCCCCUGGGGUCGGCUGUCGGCCCUCUUCUCCUGCGUGGCUUUUUGCCCCUGGGGGACCCAGGGUUGGUGGCUGUGAGGAUGGAGCCUGUGGUCCCCAGGGAAUGCCACCGCCCCUCAGCUCCAAUUUAUUUUUAUAUGCAAUCAUCUCCCUCGUUCCUCACCGCUCUUUUCCCUCUCAAAGUGCUGUUUUCAAUAAAAUGGACCAUGCCAACA